UCGGGGCGAGUGCGGGCCCGCGAGUGGAUGCGGGCGGCCAGUCCGAGCGCGGUGUAACUCACCCGUCGCACGGGCCAUGCGGCCGGCGGUCUGAGGGGGGGAGGGAGAGGGAGAGAUACAGCGAGAGAUGGCGGCGAGCUGGCAGGACGCGCUGGCCGACAAGGCCGAGCUGCUGCUGGGGCGGCUGGAGGAGGGCGUGUGGGCCGGCCUGGGCCUUCUCCGCACCGGCCUGGGCAUCGACCCGGGCUCGGCCGCCUGGCUGCUGCUGCUGCUGGCGGCCGGCGCCGUCGGCCUGGCGCUGCUGUUGCUGCUGCUGGGCGGCGUGUGGGCGGUCGUCUGCUGCUUGGGCCGCUGCCUGGGGCUGGGGGGGAACAGCGGCCCGGCCUCGGCCCACGGCGGCCGCCGGAGGAGCGGCAGCGGCGUCAGGAACAGGGACCGCAGCCCAGCCGAGGUGCAGCUACUGCGGGCGGAGGAGCAGAGGAAGCGGGGCCGCAGGAGGGAGAAGCCAAAGAAAUCUCAGCCUAAUGGACGAGCAGGAACUGAACCAUUAGAAGAGGAAAUCAAUCAAUCAUUUGAGAAGAUUAUUGUGAAACAACUGGAUGCGGAUAAGAAAACUGAAAAGACAAAGAAAAACAAGAAGAAACCAAAGCCAGGGAUGAAGUUUCUGCAAGAUGUGCUCCAGAAUCGGGCAGAUGGUCGAGAAACUGAUGAAGGUGCUUGGGAAACCAAAAUCAGUAGCCGAGAAAAGCGGCAACAGCGCAGACGUGACAAAGGAAUAAAUGAAACUUCCUCCAUGGAUUCCAGUCUCCUAGCAGGUGGAGCGGAAGUGAUCUCUGCUCAGCAGCACACGGUGGCUUCAUCUGGGCUAGCUCCUCGCAAGGCCAAAGCAGUCGAAACAGCAGUUGCCCCUGGGCCCGGUGAACAGCAAGCAGUGAACGGAGGAAGUUGGUGUGAUAUUCCAGUGAAACUGUCCGCUCAGAUCAACGCAACCAAGGAAGACAAAUGGCGGCAGAUCCCUGCCUUGCCCAAUGUUAAAAGGAGCCCAGAUCAGCCUGCAUGGGGCAAGGAACGUGGCGAUAGCAACGCUGGAGCAAAGGAAUGGAAUCUACCCUUAGUCGACAAGGCUUGGAGUGAGAAUGCACUUUUCCCCAGCAUUGGUGCCUGGGCAGGAGUCAAUGAAAGGAUAAAUUCCUCAGAGCCGAAACCAUCUUUCUCUCGUGGGACAAAAGCCUCGGUGACCAGUGCCACCGGUGAACCAGCUCCCCAGCCAAGCGCGACUGACCAUCAAAGGGAUGCUAAACCUGCUCCCAGCCCAAUUGACGACGCCUGGUCAGGGAUAAACGGGAUUUCGACCGCCGACCCGAGCUCCGACUGGAACGCUCCAACUGAGGAGUGGGGUAACUGGACCGCGGAGGAGCCUGCCCCAGACGUGCCGCCCGAGGAGACCAUUCCAGAGGCUCAGAAGGUGUCAGAUGAAGACAAGGACAAAGCCGACGCUGGUUUGCAAGGUUCUGCAGGCAGCAAAUCCAAAAAGAAGAAGAAAAAGAAGAAAAAGGGUGAGGACGCUGCUACUGCUGCACAAGUGGAGGAUCAGGAGAAGGAGCCCAUGUGUGGAGAAGAGGAGCAGCUUGAUGUGCAAGCCCAGCCUGAAGCGGAGAGUCCUUCGCCUGUUGAAACCAUAUGCACUAGUGAACCAGCUGAGGUUGAAGAGGCGCAGCCUGUCGUGAUCAGCCAAGAACCAGCUGUCAUUGUGAAAAGUUCUUCCCAGGAUAUCACCUCCCAAGUGCCAGACACGCUAUCUGAGUCAGAGUCUUCCGCUUCUGUUGCUAAACAGAAUAACCAGCCUCCUUCACAAGCAAAAUCUGAAGGGAGUUGGGAAUCACCGAAGCAGAUUAAGAAGAAGAAGAGAGCAAGAAGGGAAACAUGAGGUUUUUAUUUUGUAUUCAGUGAUCAGUUGUUAUGCAAAAUGAUCUUGAAGAAAUCUGUUUAUGCAAUAAUUUGUGAAAAUGUACAGAAUUUUAUAGAAAAAUUUGACUGUAAUUUUUAUUAAAAACCUAUUGCAAAGCG